CCGUCGUGUUUCUCCGUCCGGUCACUCCGAUCUGAACGCAGACCCGGGACGUGCUGGAAAUAAUGUCCCCUCCAUCUUUUUAAGGAGCUUUAACGGAGAAGAACUGAAAGAUGCUGCUGUUGCUGACUCUGCUGCUGUGUCUCAGCCCGGGUUCACUGGAGAAACUGGAGGAAUUUGAAGAUGACGUUGAUUCGGAAUUGAAAGACUUUGACUUAGACAUCGCGCCUCGAAGAAUCCCUCGGCAGGUGAAAAAUAUAUUAAUGAAGGAGACUAAACCACAAGUUCAAGAACUCACCAUCAAGACGACCAUCGUGUCCCGGUACGCGUUCACCGCGGUGUACUGCGCCAUGCUGAACCGGCACUCCGCAGCCACGGAGGCCGUCUUCCAGUUUCAGAUCCCCGCCGGCGCAUAUGUCUCCAACUUCACCAUGAUCAUCGGAGGACGCGUCUACCAGAGCGAGGUCACGGCGAAGGAAAAGAAGGUCAAGAAGGAGAACGGCAAAACCAAGAGCAAAGAGUCAAGUGCUGCAAGUCCAGAGCCGGAGGUGGAGGUGUUCAGAAUGGCCGUGAAGAUACCGGGUAGGAACCGGGCCGUCUUCCUGCUGACCUACGAGGAGCUCCUGCAGCGUCGGCUGGGACGCUACGAACACGUGACCAGCCUCCGGCCCAUGCAGCUGGUCAGCCGCCUCACGCUGGACGUCACCAUCGUCGACCACUCCCCCAUCACCGACCUGGAAGUGCUGCCGCUCCGCAACGGCAGAAGCAGCGCCAACGCUGGAACCGGUUCUAACGCACCAAGGACGCCAGCCAAGCAAGAGCUUCCCAUCACCACCGUGAUCAAAAACGAAAAGACCGUCUGCAGGAUCACCUUCAGCCCCAACAUCAUCCAACAGGCCAAGAUCUCCACCAGCGGCGUCCUGGGAGACUUCGUGAUCCGCUACGACGUCCAGAGAAACAUGGGGAUCGGAGACAUCCAGGUUUUAAAUGGACAUUUUGUCCACUACUUCGCCCCCAAAGACCUCCCCGUUGUGCCCAAGAACGUUGUGUUUGUGAUCGACACCAGCGCCUCCAUGCUGGGCACUAAGAUCAGACAGACUAAAGAUGCUCUCUUGACCAUCCUGAGAGAUCUGCGUCCCGGCGAUCACUUCAACUUCAUCAGCUUCUCCAAUCGGAUCAAAGUCUGGCAGCCCAAUGGUCUCGUACCGGUGACGCCGCUGAAUAUUAGAGACGCCAAGAAGUUUGUGUACAUGCUGGUGCCCACUGGGGGUACUAACAUUGACGGCGCCAUCCAGACCGGCUCCUCGUUACUUCAAGACUACCUCUCCCAGUCGGACGGCCGCCAGAACAGCGUCUCCCUCAUCAUUUUCCUCACGGACGGACGGCCCACCAUCGGGGAGGUGCAGUCGACCACCAUCCUGGGGAACACUCGCUCGGCCGUCCAGGAGAAGUUCUGCAUCUUCACCAUCGGGAUCGGUAACGACGUCGACUACCGGCUGCUGGAGCGCAUGGCUCUGGAAAACUGCGGGAUGAUGAGACGCAUCAACGAGGAGGCCGACGCAAGUUCCAUGCUGAAAGGGUUCUACGACGAGAUAGGGACUCCUCUGCUGUCCGACAUAAGGAUCAACUACACCGAGGACUCCGUCCAGUACGUCACGCAGCAUCUCUUCACCAACUACUUCAACGGCUCCGAGAUUGUCAUCGCCGGCAAGCUCACCAACCAAAGUGCAGAAUCCCUCCACGUCCAGGUUACCGCCAGCAACAACGAAAAGAGCAUCAUCCUCGAGGACGACGUGCCGCUGAGACACCUAGAGAUAGAGACCGAGAAGCACGUGAAGGAAGCCAAGGCUGCAAUGGCGGCUGCAGGCAAGACCCCGGGGUCUGGGGCGACGCAGGGAUUGGGGACUGGUCUGGGGUCAAUAGCGGAGGACUUUGUGGAGCGGGUUUGGGGUUUCCUGAGCGUCAAAGAGGGGCUGAGGUCGCGGCUGCGCAGCCAAACCAGCAAGGAGAGGGAAGAUCACACGCAGCAAGCCACCAACCUGUCUCUGAACUACCACUUCCUCACCCCGCUCACCAACAUGGCAGUGGAGAAGCCGGAGAUCAUGGCCGAUGGCUCGUUGGCCCCAGCGCCCGCCAUCACCCCAGGAGCUGGCGAGGCUUCCUCCCCCGCCAACGACCUGCCGCUUGACAACCAGGGCGGAAAUGCCCGGAAACCCGACGGGAAGAUUGGCAGCCAGACUUCGUCUCUGAGCAACACAAUCGGUAAAGUAAAGACGAGACCGGCCAAGAAAUCCAUCACCAUCUCCAAAACAUCAGCCGACGGUGACCCCCACUUUGUGGUGGAGUUCCCCCUCAGCAAACUAACCGUGUGCUUUAACAUCAACGGAGAGCCUGGACACAUCCUUGGCCUGGUCUCUGAUCACAAGUACUCCGGUGUGACUGUCAACGGAAAGCUGAUCGGGGCCCCAGCUCCGCCGGGAAGCCACAAGCUGCAGCGAACCUACUUCAGCACCAUCACCAUCGUGGUGGACCGUCCCAGACGCGCCUACAUCGAGGUGACCCCAAAGAAAGUCAUCUUGGACGGGCGGGACCGCAUCGUCCUGCCCUGCCACUCCACCGCGGCCGUGGACAGCGGCGCGCUGUCGGUGGCCGUCGCAGGGAAGUCGAAUGUGACCGUGACGGUUGGCGGGAACAUCAGCUUCGUGAUCCUGCUCCAUCAGUACAAGAACCCGGCCCCCUACCAGAGAGACCAUCUGGGCUUCUACAUCGGCAGCAGCAAGGGGCUGUCGAACAAGUGCCACGGCCUGCUGGGCCAGUUCCUGAAUGAGGAAGUGGGAUUAGCGGAGCUUCCUGCCCAGGGAGGCAUGAAGCCCUCCCAGGUCCUGAAGGUGAAGGACCGCUCGGUGCCCGUGGUUCCGAAGAGCAGGAGGAUCUACGGCGGGACGCAGAGCGUCGACUGCUGGUUCGGCCGCAACAACGCGGCCAAGCUGAUAGACGGACGGUAUGAGGACUACUUGAUGUCGCACAUGUUCGACACGGGAGGCUGGACGAACAGAGCGUAGGACGAGAGGACGAGAACUCAAGCUCCGGCUUUUAAUUAUUCAACUUAACUGUUUUUAACCGUCACCUCCCAGCAGAUCUAAAGGGCUCCAAACCCAAUCCUUACAUUUUAGGAUUUUCUUUUUUGUGUACAUAUAUUUUUUUACUAUUUCUAAUGAAAUUAAAUGCUUUUAUUAUUUGAUCUUUAUAGUUUUUUUUGUAAAUAAAACAUUUAAGUCCCCACUGUUUUCUUGAACU